AUGGCAGGCCACAAUGAACCACAGAUGCUGUACAGCGUCAACGGCAUCAGAGCCUUCCACGUCCAAGAUGGCAGAGAGUCCGAGAUCACAACGUCAGGACCACAGACGCUGUCGCUGCUGAUGGUGCCGACAUCCUCACCAUUCGCCGACCUCUCCAGCACCAAUCCUUCUUCCGCAGCACCAGAAGAGGACUUCUACCUGCACCUCCACCUCCCACCUGAGCUCGACCAACCCCUCCCCGCAACCACCCAAGUCUACCACAAACCACCCUCCAGCUACCUCAUCCCCCGCUGGGAUCUCGGCCCAGACUCCGGCGCAUUCACCCGCAUCGACUUUCCCCGUAUCGGCCGCGGCCCCGACCGCGUCACGCAAGAAGAAGUAGACACCUUCGAGACAAUCCUCGCACAAUGCACCGCCUUCCUCGAGCGCGCCGCCCCACCAGCAGACCACUCCCGCUACGACCCCUCCACCUACGCGCCCGGCGAAGGCUACGUCCAAACCCCUCACUCCUCCGACGAGAAACGCCGCCCCGGCGGCAAUGACCCCUACCACCCCUCCCAAGGCCACGGCCAAAUCGUCCUGGUCGACGAAGAAAACGGCUCCGUAGUUCGGCGAGCUCCAAAACGGCUACCAGAUAGUCGAAGCCACCAACGUGCACGCCGGUCCCAAAACCCCCGUCGAGAUCUCCCUCCCCGCCGAGGCGCCGCCGACCAGAACAUCAUGAUCAGCAACGUCUCCGAGGAAUACCUCGAGACCUCCCGCCAUCCCGCCUACGCCAAAUCCACCAUCGUGCAGUCCUCCGCGCGCGCUUCAAGACUCCUAGUGACUACCUCCUCAUACGUCGCCAACGCCAUGACUUCAGGCGCAGACAACUUCCAGCGCAAAACCCAACCGAACCCCAAACCCAUGACAUUCAGCCCCGCGACCCAACAGCGUCUACGCCAGAUCCACUCCUUCACGCAGUCCGCAGCCGGUAUCUCCGCCAAAACGGUGGGCCAAGUCGGCCGGGUCGCCCAAAACUUGGGAGCAACCCUCGCCAGAAAGGGAGAGAAAUCCAAAAAGGGCUACGACAAGGACGGCAACGUCGACGGCGGGUACAAGCCCGGAAUUCUGAACAAGAGCAUGAUCGCGUUCAGCACUAUAGCCGAUGGGAUCGACCAUGCGGGGAGGCAGUUACUGGCGAGUGGGAGCGCGGCGGCGACGAAUGUGGUGAACCACAAAUAUGGGAGUGAGGCCGGGCAGGCGGCGAAGAGUUUGACUGGUGGGGUGAAGAAUGUUGGUUUGGUGUACAUUGACGCAGUUGGCGUGUCAAGAAAAGCAGUCCUAAAGUCCGUUGCCAAGGGCAUGGUUGUUGGACGCAUGCCGAACGGCCAAGCACUCGUAGUAGGCGCCGGCGAUGGCGGCGUCGAACCCUCAAAGGAUCCUACCUACGCUUCGUCUCAGGUCGCCUCGCCAACGAACUACGGUGCCGGUCAAGGAUUCUACGACGUCAAGAGGACGAAUACGAAUCAGAGCGUGAGCAGCGUAGGGACACCGCUAAGCGCACACCCGAGCCGGGCACAGGGUGUCCCGCCACCGGGCUACGGGCAGCAAGAAGGGUUUGGAAAUGCGAAUCUGCCGCCUUACGGGGGUGGUGGAGUAGGCGAGGGACUGCAUGGGCAAAGGGCGGAGAAGCGAUAG